GGAAAAAAAACCUUCUAUAAAUAAAUUGGAUUGAGAUUAAAAUCAAAAGUGAGAAAUAGGUUGCAUGCACAGAGACCAUAGUAUUAGUGAGACUGAGAAACAACUUGUUGGGAAAAACCAAAAAAACCAGACACAAACAGAGAAAUGGUGUCUCCCAAAAACAUAGGAAAAUAUAGACUUGGCAGGACAAUAGGAGAAGGUACAUUCUCUAAGGUAAAGAUUGCUUUAAAUAGCAACAAUGGUGAGAAGGUAGCAAUCAAGGUCAUUGACAAACAAAUGGUCUUGAAAAACAAUCUAAAACAUCAGGUACAAAGUGAGAUUAGAACAAUGAAACUUCUACAUCAUCCAAAUAUAGUUAGAAUUCAUGAGGUUAUUGGCACAAAAACAAAAAUAUACAUUGUGAUGGAAUAUGUAUCAGGAGGUCAACUAUUGGACAAAAUAUCCUAUUGCAACAAGUUGAAUGAAUGUGAGGCAAGAAAACUAUUCCAACAACUUAUUGACGCCGUCGACUACUGCCAUAACAAGGGAGUUUAUCACCGCGAUCUCAAGCCAGAAAACUUGCUCCUAGACAGCAAGGGAAAUCUAAAAGUGUCUGAUUUUGGAUUAAGUGCACUGAAUAAGCCUAAUAAUGUCCUAAACACAAAGUGUGGAUCCCCGUGUUACGUGGCUCCUGAGCUGCUGAUGAGCAAAGGGUAUGAUGGAGCAUCUGCUGAUGUUUGGUCAUGUGGGGUGAUUCUUUUUGAGUUACUUGCCGGUUUUCUACCAUUUGAUGACCAGAACUUGAUAAAUUUAUACCAUAAGAUAUGCAGAGCGGAAUACGUAUGUGCCCCUUGGUUUACUCAAAGUCAAAAGAAACUAAUUGCGAAAAUACUUGAACCGCAUCCUGGAAAGCGGAUAACUAUUUCGGGUAUUAUUGAUGAUGAGUGGUUUCAAACAGAUUAUAAGCCUAUUUGUGCGUAUGAAUUUGAUCCGAUCAUUAACUUGGAUGAUGAUAGUUGUGCUUUCAAUUCAAUUGAGGAGAAAACUACAAAGCCAAGGAUAACCAAGUCUUCAAGCUUCAUUAACGCGUUUCAACUGAUAGCCAUGUUUCAGGACUUUGAUUUAUUCACCCUUUUUGAAGAACAGGAUCACAUGAAGCAGACAACAAGGCUUGGAUCCCAACAUACAAUCACUGAAACCGUCGAAAAAAUAGAAGCUGCUGCAGCAGAUGUUAGACUGUCAGUAAAAAAAAUGAACAACUUUAAGAUGAAAAUGCACUCGAAAGAGACAAUGACGAGGUGUUCUAGAUCAUACUUUGACAUAUCAGCUGAGGUGAUUGAAGUUGCUCCGGCUCAUUGUGUUGUACAAGUAUCAAAAUCUGUAGGAGAUCUAAGAAUGUAUAAUGAGUUUUGUGAAAGUUUAUCAAACCUGCUGAAAGACGAAUCUAGUAUUCCACCACACGGCCAAGACUCUGUGGAUCGAUGCGACACUGGCAGCGUAGAAAAGCAAGAUGCUGAAUGGUUGGUGGAUCUCUAAAAGGUUCUGAAAAACCAGAAGACAUGGAAUAUCCUCGCCCAACGACAACUAUAUGAUCUGAAGGACCUGAUCUUGCAUUGCUUAUUCCAAGAAAAUUGUCAAGGGAGCUGAAACUGUCUUUGCAUUUGCAAGAGACUCUAGUAAAAGGGCACCCUACAGUAGUGGACAACCUUUACAUUGAACCUAAUAUAAUAACUCAUCUGGCUACUUUGAU